AUGGCAGAAGUCGCAGCUGGAGCUAUCGUCGCCGAGCAAAUCAUCUCGACGGGUGUCGAGGCUGGGGCUGCAGCUGUUGUUGCGCGACCAUCGCAGCCAUUGACGGUCGUUUUGACCCAGAUUGCUACGACUCCAGCAGAGGAUGAGUCACUGGCAUUGGCUCGAUCCCAUCACACAGUCACCGUCAUCAACAACAGAGCCUACAUCUUUGGCGGUAACAAAGAAGACGGCCAGCUGUGCUCCAACGAAGUUCACGCUGUAUCUCUUCCAGGCGAGCAACAGGGCAACGGAGAGUAUGCAUGCUACCCAGCCGUGGGUGAAGAGGAUGCUUGUCCAGCCCCCCGAGUAAACCAUGCUGCCUGUGCUCGUGGUGACGCUCUCAUCAUCCAUGGAGGACAGGAAGGUGAUGGCCAGGCACCCAACGAAGGAUCUUGCUUGUGGCUAUGGGACGCCAAUACGGUCAAGUGGGAAAAGAUUGAGGCCGUGGGAAAAGCGCCAGAAUCGAGAUCGAAGCAUCAGAUCUUCUAUGAUCAGGCGCGGGAUCUCCUUGUCCUCCACGGCGGCCUCGAGGAUGGUGAGCCGACCAAGGAUACUUGGGUAUUCGACUUUACAACACGCCUGUGGAACGAGCUGCCAGCUGCUCCCGCCGUGUCUCUCGCGGCGCAGUAUGUGGAUAGCACGCUCUACUCCAUCAGCGGUGAUUCAGACGUGCAUGGCUCCAUUCACUACAUCAAGCCAGGCACAUCUGAGGAUCAAACCGAGGCGCCAGAAUGGUCCACCAUUGACUUCCCCACUAACCCAUUGGCUCCUGGACCUCGACCUCGUGUGGGGGGUGCAAUGUCUCAUGUCACAACGGGCUACGGACGACACUACCUCCUCUGCCUAUUCGGAAGCCGAAAAGACGUCGAUAUAUCUUCAGAUGAAACCUUUACAGAAGACCACCCCUUCUACUCCGACAUGUGGUCCCUGCAACUCCCCUCGGGUGGCUUCACCGGGUCCCGUGUCAAAGACGUCAUCCGCGACGCCAUCCCAGGUGUGGAGUCUGGGGAAUUCAGUUGGCACGAGCUUGAGAUUGCACCCACCGAGUUGACACAAACGACCGGAAAGGUGCACCCUGGACCUCGGGGUUUCUUUGGGGCUGAUACUUGUUUGGAUGGAAAGGGCGUCAUUAUGUGGGGAGGUGUCAAUGCCAAGGGGGAGACUGAGGCGGAUGGUUGGCUGUUGAAGAUCGGCUCCUAG